GUCACCAGUGGCGACUCAUGGUGGUGAAUCCAUGACCACAAAUCGCGUGGAGUACUCGUACGGUCGCACGCAGCGCAGCUACCAGUCCGGCCAGCAGGAGGCGCUCCGAGGCGGCAUCGCCACGUCUCCCCGCAGUCCUCCGCUCAUGGGUGGUGAUAGAGGGACCUCGCCCAUCAGAGGGGAGAUCGUGCCUGGCAGCCAAGGGUCACCAGGCAGCUUCUACCAGGGCGGUUCACGUAGAUCCAGCAUAUCAUCGGUUGACACCCUGGAGGUGAUUCGACACCACCCCGUCUUUGUCAAAGAUGUUUCCUCCUACUGGUAUAAACCGGACAUCAGCAGAGAACAGGCUAUUAAUAUGCUGAAGGAGAGACCACCGGGCACGUUUGUGGUUCGGGACAGUAACUCGUUCCCGGGAGCAUUCGGGCUGGCAGUGAAGGUAGCCCAGCCACCGCCCAACGUCCAGCACAAGAUGGGCGAUGUCUCAAACGAACUGGUGCGGCAUUUCUUGAUAGAACCGACCGCCAAGGGCGUGAGGCUGAAGGGCUGCGCCAAUGAACCAGUCUUCGGAAGUUUGUCGGCGCUCGUGUAUCAACAUUCUAUCAGCUUGGCUCUGCCUUGCAAGCUGAUCAUACUGAAAUUGGUACGUAUUAAAGAGAAAGUGUAUGAAGUCUCACUGCCUGGUAUUCUUCCAGACCCGGCAGUAGAGACUGCGUCAGAGAGUGAACACGGCCUGCCCAGCACGGCAUCGGCCCUACUAGCGCAAGGUGCAGCGUGCAACGUCCUGUACCUGUCCUCGUACGAGACGGAAUCGUUGACCGGUCCGCAGGCCGUACGGCGAGCGAUGGGUCUGCUCAGCCUGCAGGGUCAGAUCGUGCCCACCGUUGUCCACUUCAAGGUGUCCGGCCAGGGCAUCACACUCACGGACAACAACAGAAAGCUGUUCUUUAGACGCCACUAUCCCGUGAAUACGGUCACCUACUGUGGAAUGGACCCGGAAGACCGCAGGUGGACGCAGCCCAGUCGUGACACCGGCAUGCCAAUGAACGCAAAAUGCUAUGGCUUUAUUGCGAGGAAAACUGGCAGCAAGACAGACAACGCUUGUCACCUCUUUGCUGAGCUUGAUCCUGACCAGCCAGCCUCUGCCAUCGUGAACUUUGUGUCAAAGGUCAUGAUCGCACAUAUGAACAAAGUCUGAACACAUGAACUAAACAUGUGGAGUUUAUAAAAUUCUAUAACAAUUGUAAAUAUGAAAAUAUAAGAGAGGUAUAUUAGCUAAAGAUGGCCACGGUUAAAAUGUUUCUGUAGUUGGUGGGUAGUGUUCGUGAUGGCACGAUUAAUCGAUGCACGAACCUGUCAGUGAAUGCAUCUAACCAUGAACCUAUGCAUACUGAAUACAGGUGAUUUAACUAUACAUGGGUUCUUGAUCUUACCCACCUAGUGGUGCUGAGAGGGUCUAUGUCCCCCAGGGUACUGCCGGAACGUACCCUGGGUACGGUCCGGUAUAACGGAAUGU